AUGUUAUAUUUAAUUGGGUUAGGCCUAUCUUACAAAUCAGAUAUUACUGUUCGUGGUUUAGAAGCUAUCAAGAAAUGUUCAAGAGUUUACUUAGAACAUUACACUAGUAUCUUAAUGGCUGCUUCUCAAGAAGAAUUGGAGGACUAUUACGGGAAGAAAAUUAUCUUAGCUGAUAGGGAAUUAGUCGAGACAGGAUCUGCUGAAAUUUUACGUGAUGCCGAUAGGGAAGAUGUUGCGUUUUUAGUAGUUGGUGAUCCAUUUGGUGCCACAACCCAUACUGACUUGGUCCUAAGAGCUAAGCGUGAUAAUAUUCCUGUAGAUAUUGUUCAUAAUGCAUCUGUCAUGAAUGCCGUUGGAUCUUGUGGGUUACAAUUAUACAAUUUCGGCCAGACCGUCUCUAUGGUAUUUUUCACUGAAAAUUGGAGGCCAGAUUCUUGGUAUGAUAAGAUUUGGGAAAAUAGAAAGAUUGGUCUACAUACUUUAGUUCUAUUGGAUAUUAAAGUAAAGGAACAAAGUAUUGAAAAUAUGGCGAGAGGUAGAUUAAUAUACGAACCUCCUCGUUAUAUGUCAAUUUCCAAAUGUUGUGAACAAUUAUUAGAAAUCGAAGAAACAAGAGGAACUAAAGCAUAUACACCGGAAACUCCUGUUGUUGCUAUCAGUAGAUUAGGUUCAGCAACCCAAUCAUUUAAGGUCGGUACCAUCAAAGAAUUGGCUGAAUAUGAUGCUGGCGAACCAUUACAUUCUUUGAUCAUUCUUGGUAGACAAUGCCAUGAACUAGAAUUGGAAUACAUGUUAGAAUUCACAGAUAACAAAGAAAAAUUCAAGAUUGAUGUGGCCAACGACCAAGAGUACUUUAAACCCACUCCAUGGGUUCCUCCAAGUGGAGAUGAUAGCAAUUAA